AGAAGAAGCAGAAGAAGAAGAAGAAAAGCCGGAAGCAUUUCUAAGUGACGCCUGGCUCACUUCCGUUUGUCAUUUAAUGACAGUUUCACGAUUGUGUGUCUUCUCUUCUCUUUUAACGUUGCUGAGCUGAAUUUAGUCGCCAUACAUCAUGACGCUUUUUCACUUCGGAAACUGCUUUGCCCUGGCCUAUUUUCCCUACUUUAUAACAUACAAGUGCAGUGGCCUCUCAGAGUACAAUGCCUUCUGGAGAUGCGUCCAGGCUGGUGCAACAUACCUUUUUGUCCAGCUCUGCAAGAUGCUUUUCCUCGCUACAUUUUUUCCCACUUGGGAAGGAGGAGCAGGAGUUUAUGACUUUGUAGGGGAAUUCAUGAAAGCCACAGUGGACCUGGCAGACCUGUUGGGCCUCCACCUUGUGAUGUCUCGUAAUGCUGGUAAAGGAGAGUACAAGAUCAUGGUAGCUGCCAUGGGCUGGGCAACAGCUGAACUUGUGAUGUCCAGGUGUAUUCCUCUGUGGGUUGGAGCAAGAGGGAUUGAAUUCGACUGGAAGUACAUCCAGAUGAGCUUUGACGCUAACAUUAGUUUGGUUCAUUACAUUGCUAUGGCAUCGGUGGUGUGGAUGUUCACCCGAUAUGACCUCCCUAAGAGCUUCAGGCUGCCUGUUACCGUUCUGCUGGUUCUGUGUGUCUAUAAGUCCUUCUUAAUGGAGUUGUUUGUCCACGUCUUCCUGCUGGGCAGCUGGACAGUGUUACUGGUGAAAGCUGUGCUGACUGGUGCCAUCUCUCUCUGCUCACUCUUCCUGUUUGUCACUCUGGUUCACAGCAACUAAGCAAACGUCAGCAUCAGGGAUAGGCCUUCAAUGGCCCCUGGAUAAGGGGUGUUUGUGUGGCCUUUGUCACCAUACACCUCUAAAGAUUAUUGUCAGUGGGUAGCGGAGUGAUCUAACUGGCACAAAUCACCAACUGGUUUUCUUACCAGUUUGUUGUGUUCAGUGCGAAUGGACCAGUGAUAGAAAAAUGUGCUCAAGAGAUCAUUUUGUUCAAUUUCACUCCAUCAGUUGAAGGUGCAGAAUAAACUGUGACAUCAGAAGGUUUCUGUACUGUGAUUGGUCAACAUGAGCUGCUUUGGUUUUAUAAAAUGUGAUUUUACAUCAGAGUAACUACAAAUGAAUUAAUACUUUAUAGGAAAAAAUCUUUUCUAUGUUUUCCAGUGAGUGAGGAUAAAUGCAUUUAUCAUAUAGUGAAGUAGAUUUUUAAUUAAUUAAGUCACUGCUCCUAGACAGUUAACUCUGUAGCCAUAAAUUUGUCCAUUUAUUUAUAUUCAAAUAAAUGUUUUUAAACACAACUGCUAAUUUUCUUUUAACACAUGAAAAGAAGUCUAUCACUAAUCUGGAUUUCUGUGGUUUCUUUGUAAUGAAAUGAUUGUCUUAU